GCACGUGUAACGAAUCGGAGACGUACCUUACAAAUUUUAAACCGAAUGUACAUAUAUUUUCAUAUUAUAUUCCUACAAAUCGAAAGAUCGUAUUCUCUCUUUCUUUGCCAAAAUGAUUUGAAAAUUCAAUUAUUUGGCUUAAUCGAUCGAUACAGGUUUCAUUUUAUUUAUUUAGUUAUCACAUCAAUUUUUUCUUAUUACGUACUUCGAAUAUGAAAUCUUAAUUAUGUUUAAUUAUUGGAUGAUUUAACUUUAUUUUUAUGAUUUUCCGUUGAUGUUAUUUUCGUAAUCCGUGGCCAAAAUUUCCAGAAUCGCCUAUCAUUGAUUGGCAUGCAAUGCAAAGUAGAAGAAGCUGGAACAAUUGAGUACGUACUGCGUAAUUUAUUUAUGGAUGAGGUGUUGCAUUGUGCUCUCAACACGUUUCUUUCAACGUGACUCCACCCUUAUGAUCUGUCACUCCACCGGCCACCGCCUCUUACCGCCGGCUCGCCGCUAUAAGAACCCCUCUCCGCCACCUAAUAUUGUCACACAAGAUUAUCAGAUUCAUUCAUAAAUCACCAAACGUACCACUUCCAAAUUGAAUAAUAAAAAUGAGCCAGCAACAGCCAAGAAGGCCGGAGAACGCUCUCCAAGAGCCCAUCAAAUAUCAAGACGUUUUCAGCGUCUCCGACGAGCUGGCUUCCAAACCCAUAACUCUCCAAGACGCCGCCGCCAUGCAGUCUGCCGAGACCACCACGCUCGGCCAGUGCCAGAAGGGCGGUCCCGCCGCCGUCAUGCAAUCAGCCGCCGAUCGUAAUGUCCGGUAUGCGGGCAUUAAGCCCGAUGAUGUCACUGACGUCGUAAGAGAUCGCGGCGUCUCUGUUUCCCAAACUGACAUCGCCGGCAACCGUGUAGUUACGGAAGCUGUCGGAGCAGAUAUUGUGGGGCGAUAUGUCCGUCCAUUGGAAAAUGCAAAAGAUGAGAAGGAGCGUUCUCCAGGGGGCCCACAGCAUGGUAUAGUGAGUGACGGAAUCACCAUUGGAGAAGCCCUUGAGGCGUCUGCUAUCUCCGCCGGGGACAAACCGGUGGACGAAAGUGACGCCGCCGCUAUACAGGCGGCGGAAGUCAGAGCAACCGGUCUUGGAGCGGUUUUGCCUGGCGGGGUAGGAGCGGAAGCUCAACGCGCCGCCACACUCAACGCUAGGACCACGAGGGAUGAGUUCAAAACCAAGCUCGGUGAUGUUCUCACGGUAAUACACUUUUUUUCCGGUGUUUUUGUAAGGGAAAAAACGUUUUUUAAUACUCCCUAUUUCUCUAACAAAAUCAGCGCUUAAAUUAAUUAAAGUCGGAUAAGUAAUAGGGGUAGUCAUUGUCCUUUACUGUAGAGUUCAUUUGAUGUCCUUUUUUCAAUGUGAAGUAUAAUCUUGAUGGAGUUAAUUAAUUAGUCCUACAAAAAGAAAUUAAAUACUCCUUCGUCCGUCCCACUUUGACAAUUUUUCAUUUUCGAUUUUCCAAAUAAACUUUGUGAGUGUCUUAUUACAUUAACUAAUUUGUGUGGCAACUCCAUUGGGACGGAGGUUAUAGGAUUUGUUUGAAACUACAUUAUUCUCCAUUAAUUUUAUUUCUGGAUCUGUACUUAAUUAUGAACUAAUAAAUUAAAUGAAUGUGGAAGGAUGCGAGUACUAAGCUUCUGGAUGACAAGAGCGUGACCGCGGAGGACGCGGCUGCGGUGGUGGGCGCGGAGGCCAGGAAUAAAGAAGGCUUUACUCAUCCCGGUGGCGUGGCGGCUACUAUGGCGGCGGCGGCCGGCCUCAAUCAAGAUACCUCUUUCAAUGCUUCCUAUACCGUGUAAUAGUACGGACUAGUAAAAUAAUGCUAAGAUAUACUAGUACUAGAAUGUGGUCUACUCAUAAAUAUAUAGUACUCGUAUGCUAUGUAUAUCAAAUACCUAGCUGUUCACUUUGUACUAGUUAGCAAGGCCAAGUGUGUGUUUUGGUCUUUUGUUGAGUUGGAGAACCCAAACUACGAACGGGAGACGACCGUUGACCAAUCUUCCAAACUUACGUAUAUGUAGUUUGGUUCUCAUGUAAAUAGUAAUGUGAGAAAUGAGUAUAAAAAAACGUGACUACAAUAUAUAAUGCCC